AAUUGUUUGAAAGAAGCACGGCAGACAAACAUAUAAACAGUCAGUCUGUGUUUUAAAUAAAACCACGUAUCUGUUAAGCUUUAUUUGAAGAAAGUGUAGUUGUACUGAGAUUGAAACACGGUUUGACUACGAAUAAUUAUGUCUGAAAAAGUUGUCGGUGAAUUCCUGGAGCUGCCACAGUCAGAAUAUGAACAUAAACAGAUGCCCGGGGAGGAAGAAGAGGCGGUGGCUCAAGCGAUAGAGAUUUCAAUCGAAUCGGUGGAAGAAGGGAAUGUGCAGUUUCAGGACGAAGUUAGUGCUGUAAAGCAAGUUCUGUUUCAGGAUCAAGAUGACGAUAGCAGCUGCAGUGAUUAUGGCAGUCAUGAUAAGCCUGGAACUGUCUUACAAAGACUGGUGCCUGAUGGAAAUGUGCUUUUUCCGGAUACCUUCCAGACUAACCAGCUUCUGUUUUAUGAGAGAUUUAAAGCUUAUCAAGACUACAUGCUAGGUGACUGCAGAACUUCAGAGGUAAACAAUUUUACUGCUGAAUACUUGGAGAAAGUGCUGGAGCCGUCUGGAUGGCAAGCUGUUUGGCGUACUGAAGUGUUUGAGGUGUUGAUUGAGGUAGUUGAUGUGGAGUAUCUCGUUCUAAAAGCAGCUGUGGAAUUGGUUACACCUUUCCUGUGUGAGGCAAAAGGCUGUGAGCUCACAGAAGAGUCCAUGAAAGACCUGUUAGAGGCUAAAGAACAUAAAGUACCUCUGCAGGAACUCUAUGUUGUUUAUGAUGAAUCUGGGGAGUUCGACCAAACGGCACUUGCUGUGGAACAUGUAAGAUUUUUCUAUAAACACAUCUGGAGAAGCUGGGAUGUAGAGGAUGAAGAUGAUGAUUUUGAUUAUUUUAUCAGAUGUGUUGAACCCAGACUGAGGCUAUACUAUGAUAUUCUUGAGGACCGGGUGCCGUCAGGCUUGGUUACUGAGUAUCAUUGUUUGGUUUCACAAUGUGAGGAAAAAUAUAAGGAGUUCACGAGUCUGAGAAACUGUAUCUCUAACAGUGACUCAGAGUCUGAGCUUGACAACGUCUCAAUGGUGGAGGGCUUAAAGAUGUAUGAUGACCUGGAGAGCUUGAAACGCAAACUAAAGAUUAUUGAGAACCCCUUGCUCAGAUAUGUGUUGGGUUAUCAAGUGAAUUCGGGUCUUCAGUCCAACAGAGCUAAAGGACCCCGUCCCACUGGGGAGAGAGUGGUUCACGUUGUGUCCAGUUCAAUGACAGUUGGUCAGCUGCAGACCUUGAUGAGGGACAAAUUGUGUCCUGAUUUUACUGGGGAGGAAUUUGAGCUGCAGUUUCACAGUGAUCCUUUGGUAGCAGUAAAUGCCUGUUACGAGGGGGAUGUGGUAGUUAUCUGCCCUGGUCAUUACUCUGUGAAUGGUUCGUUUAGUAUUCCAGACUCCAUUGAGCUGGAAGGUUUUGGCUUAACUGAUGAAGUUGUCAUUGAAAAAGUGGGCAAAGGGGAUAUAUUUCUGGAUUUAACAGGUGCCAAUGUGAAGGUUUCCAACCUGAAGUUUGUGCAGCAUGAUGCAGUUGAAGGGAUCUUAUGUGUUCGCCAAGGGAAGACAGUGGUGGAAAAUUGUGUUCUUCAAUGUGAAACCACAGGAGUUGCAGUGAGGACUUCAGCAGAGCUGUUUAUGAAUAUUUGUGACUUGUAUGGCGCAAAGGGUGCUGGUGUCGAGAUUUACCCUGGUAGUACCUGCAGUUUGGUUGGUAAUGGCAUACACCAUUGCAAAGAGGGAAUCCUCAUAAAGGACUUUACAGAUGAAUUUUACACCAUGCCCAAAAUUACCAUGAUGAACAAUGUUGUUCAUAAUAAUGAAGGCUAUGGUGUCAUCUUAGUUAAGCCUGCAGAUCUGCCUCGAAUGAAGAAAACUACUGAAUCGAAAGAAAAUGGCAGUCAAAAAAAGGAGGCUGAUGAGGAAAAGGGACCCACUGCAGAAGGAUGUGUGGAGGGAAACUCUCCGUUCAGGGACCCCCUUACCCAGGAGUACAAGGAGGGCAAUGAUGUCAUCACAAGUGAACUGGUGGCCACAUCGUCAAAGAAAAGCCAGUUGCAGAAGAAAAAGAUGAUUGAACUGGGACUCACAAUGGCAGAUGACGAUUUGAUGUCUCAGGAAAUGUUUGUCUCUAUUAAUGGAAACCAUUUCAAAAGAAAUGGGAAAGGAAGCUUUGGCACGUUUUUAUACUAAGUUUUUGGAAACAAUGAAUCUGUGUGGAACCAUGCAAACACUUUGCGCACCUUUUAUUUAUAUGUUCAUUUUUAAUAACUUGUUGUAAGAUUGCCAAAACACCUGCAUAAUUUACAUUGAAGAAAACACCUCUGCUCUAUCCUCUUGUCACCGUCUGCCCAAUUAUGUAUUUGAGUGUGUGUGUGUGUGUGUUUUUUUUUUUAUUUAUUUAAUUUUAGAGAUUUUAGUAUACCAGCAUUGAAA